AUGUCUGUCUAUGUUUGGAAGGCCGGCGGGAGGGAGGGGGUGACGGCGGCCGGUGCCGCUGCCCGUGCCCCCGGCGGCGCGGCUGAGGGCGCCGGGGCUCAGGCUUCCAGCAGCGAGGGAGGCGCCGCCGGGGGGGGCUCCCCGACGGAGAAAGCGGCUCCCGGGUUCCCGGUCAGCGAAGAGCAGAGGGAGGAACUGCGAGAGGCCUUCGAGUUGUUGGACCCGGGCGGCUCGGGCCUGGUGGAUGUCAGCGACUUGAAGAUAGCUGUAAGGGCUCUGGGCUGUGAAUUGAGGAAAGAGGAGAUGAAGAGAAUCGUCUCUGAAUUCGGUGAAGAAGGGUCGGGGAAGCUAACCUUCAAGGCAUUUCUGCAGGUGAUGACUCAGAAAAUGGCAGAGCCAUGUUUGGAAAAGGAGAUCCUGGAAGCUUUCAAGGUGUUCGAUUGCGAUGGCACAGGCAAGAUCUCCUUUGAGGAUCUCAAGGUGGUGGCUCGUGAGGUUGGGGAAGACAUCACAGAUGAGGAGCUGCAGGAGAUGAUUGAUGAAGCAGAUGUGGAUGGAGAUGGGGAAGUGGACGAACAGGAGUUCCUACGGAUACUGACACUGACCGACCCGUAA